AGAGGUGGAGGAUCAGACCACGAAGGUCACGGUUGAAGGGCAAAUGCUGAUCACCACAAUUAACUCCAUGGAAAACGACCUCGUUUCUGCAAAGUCUGACACAAAGUUACUGAGAGAAGAAGCUGAGAAGAUGAACAAGGAAAAGGGUCAGAUAUGUGCACAGAUAUUGGCAAAAGAGAGAAAAAUUGCUUCUCUGGAGUCUGAUUCUUCCACCCUUAACCAGACAAUGGAGCAUAUACAAGAAGAAAGAGUUAGCUCAUCUAAAAAACUAUCAGAGAAGAGAGCUUGCUAUACUCAAGUUGCAGAGGAUAUCAAGUUGAAACCAAAGCAAAAACAGGUCAAGGGAAUAAGUGAUGAGCAAAUGGCUGAAACGGAAGGGAAAUGCGGCAUUGAUAACAAUAACUUCAUGGACAAUAAGAGGAGUGAAGUUAGGGAGACCUUGAUGGCUAAUUUGGUUUCAGUUGAAUACAAGCUUGAUGAAAUUGCACAGAAGACAUUAAAACUUGUUCAGGAGAACAAAAAGCCAGAGAUGUUGGCAAUGGAUAUAGAGACCUUGGAAGAGGAACAUGCAGCUCUUCUAUCAAAUAAGGAUGGAGAAUCCAAGUUUUGGGAAUGCCUAAAGGACCAAAUUGAGCAAGUCAAGUGGGGUUUUGUUGCUCAUGGUUGUGGAACUCAAUUACGGUUGGGAAAGUUUUUGCCUUCCAGUUACUAA